AUGAUGUCCUCCACUAACGAGGAGGACCCGUUCCUCCAGGUCCAGCAAGAUGUCCUCUCGCAGCUCUCCUCGGCCCGCCCGCUCUUCGCCUCGUACCUGCGCAUUCGCUCCCUCGCCAGCGCCGCCUCCUCGCCCGAGCUUGCCUCUGCGCGCGCCGACCUCGAGGCCGCGCUGUCCGCCCUCGCCGAGGACCUGUCGGACCUCGUCGCCUCCGUCGCCGCCGUCGAGUCCUCCCCCGCCGCCUACGGGCUGUCCGCGGAAGAAGUCGCCCGCCGCAAGCGGCUCGUGCAGGAGGUUGGCGGCGAGGUCGACGACAUGCGGGAGGAGCUACAGAGGAAGCUUGCCGCCGGCGGCGACACGUCGGACCCUGCGAUGGCUCGUGGUGGCGAGCAAGAGGAGGAGGAGGAUAGCUAUGCCGAGUUUGAGCAGCAGCAGCAGCUGGAGAUGAUGCGCGACCAGGACCAGCAUCUGGAUGGCGUGUUUCAGACGGUGGGCAAUUUGAGGAGGCAGGCGGACGACAUGGGCCGCGAGCUCGAGGAGCAGCACGAGAUGCUCGAGGUGGUGGAUAGUGUGGCGGAUAGGGUCGGUGGGAGGCUGCAAAAUGGAAUGAGCAAGCUGCAGACGGUAAUUCGACGCAAUGAGGAUCGGUAUAGCAGCUGCUGCAUCGCGGUGCUGAUUUUUGUGCUGAUUUUGCUGCUGGUGCUGCUGCUGAUUCUAUAA